AUUUAUAUUCAAUGUUUAUAAAUCAAAAACCUGGUUUAUUAGAAUAGAUAGUAAACAGACUAUGAAACCACCCAGUUAAUAUUUGCAAAAAAAUUAUUGGUCGAGAUGGAUUCGUCUAAUAAAACUACAGAAGUUCAAAGCUCUUCCAUGUCACUUGAUAGUGACAGUAAACACCGAUUAUUUGAAAACAUAGUGUAUUUUGCUAGUGGCUCCAUUGGAGAUGAAGCAUUAUCAGCACUGAAAAACAGUAAUGCUGAAUCAACAUGUCUGUUAUCUGAUUCAGUAACACAUUGUAUUGUUGGAAGAAAUUAUAUAGAAGCAGAUGUUAGUGCUGCUAGAGAAUUAUAUGAUGUUACUACUGUAACUCCUGAAUGGAUCCGCACAUCUGUAUUGUGUAAUAAACUAUUACCAACAAAACCAUUUGAUCCAUUUGAAAAUAAUUUAUUCAGUGGAAUAGUUGUAUGUGUUUCUAAGUUAACUGCAAAUGAUUGUAAAACUUUAUGGGCUUUAGUUACCUAUAAUGGCGGUAUAUUUAGAUUAACAUUAGACCUUAAUAAAACCACUCAUCUCAUUGUUACCAAACCAUCUGGGAAAAAAUAUGAUGCUGUAAUAUCAAAUUGUUCAGAUAAGAUCAAAAUUGUAACUCCUGAUUGGGUUAUUGAUUGUUUAAAAAAUAAAGAAUUAUGUUCUGAAACUAAUUAUCACCCUCGACUUCUUGUCUUACCCAAGUUACCACCAUCAAAUCAAUCAUUUAAAUUACAAACUAGCGGCUUGUCUACCAUAACUGGGUUUGCUGAUUUUGAUGCUCCUGUUGAACAAUCUGGAACUGUUGUUCCUAAAAAUCAAGGUUUAGAACAGUUAAAACAACGUUUACCAUGGAAUCAACCUUCUACGCCAUUAACAUCUCAGCCUAUUCAAACAUCAUCUGCUCAAGUACCUCAAGUUACAGUCCAAUCAAAUAAUACUCAACCAAAACAAAUUAUGUCAUUAAUGUCUACUCCACAACUCCAGCGACUUUCACAACAGCAAGUUCAACAAUUGCAGCUACAACAGCAAACACAUGCUAACAAUCAACUUUUAUCCCAACAACAAAUGCAUGUACCUCAACAACAAAAUCAAUUUCAACAACAAAUACGAACUCAACAAAUGCAACAAUCAAAACAAAUUCAGAUACAACAUGGACAACAAUUACAAUUUCAAUCUAAUCAACAAAUGCAGCAAAAUCAUAUGCAAUUACAACAGGGUCAACAAACUCAUCUUCAAAUGAUGCAAAAAGGUCAGCAGCAACAAACUCUUCAGCAAAACCAACAACACAUACAAAUGCAACAAAAAGUACAACAUUUGCAAUCCGGACAACAACUCCAAAAUCAACAACAAAAUGUUCAACUUCAACAAAGUCAACCACAACAACAAAAUGUUCAACAACUUCAAUCCAACCAACAGCCUACCCAAGUACCACAAUUACAGCAACAAACUGUACAAAUCCAACAGGGUCAAUUGCCUCAGAUACAACAACAAACCGUUCCUAUUCAACAGGGUCAACAACAGCAACAAGUUCAAAUGCCUCAGUUACAACAACAAACUGUUCAACUUCAACAAGGUCAACAACACCAGGGUCAGCUAUCCCAGUUACAAAAACAAAAUGUUCAAUUACAACAAAACCAAUCACAUCCAAACCAAGUGCAACAAGGACAACAGAUACAAUUUCAAACAAGCAAUGGUCAGCAAAUCCAAUUUCCACAACAAGUUACUCCAAAUUCCCAAUUACACAUACAACAACAACAGCCCCAAAUACAGAAUGUUCAAUCUUCACAGUCUUCUCAGAUUUGCAUAGUAUCAAAUGGUCAACAACUUCCACAAACUCAAGCUAAUCCAUCAAAUCAGCAACAACAACUCUUAAUUCAACAACAACAACAGAGAUUAAUGUUUCAACAGCGAAUUGUACAACAAGGUGGCGGAACUGUUUCUACUCAAUGGCGAAUGGCUCAUUCAUCUUCUAAUAUGCCACGUGUCCAAGUUAGCCAACAGCAGCCUCAACAAAUUCCACAGCAACAAACUUUAGUUAUUGGACAACAACCAGCAGUCAAUAUGAAUACUGCAAAUACACAGCCUACAACACAAACUCAGUGGCCUCAACAACAAACUUUAACCAUUCAAAGAACUAUCCAACAACCAAUAGAUCAUAGACAAGUAAUAUGGUCCCAACAAUCUUCGCAUGGGCCACAACAAAUGAUACAUAUGGAUGCUAAAACUCACCAACAAAUUCAAGCCAUGAAUCCUGCUGAACGGUUGGCAUUUAUUAAUAAAUUGACAAAACAAAGGAACCUUGUCUUGCAACAGUUUAAUGCUCGCCAACAACAAGCUGCAGGUAUAGUUGGAGGAACAAAUAUUGUUAGGCCAUCAACACCUAAUAGCCAAACUACUGUGAUUCGGACUCUAAAUCAUCAACUAAUAUCUGCUUCUGGGAUGACACAAGCACAGCAAGCACAAUGGAGCCAAUUACGUCAACAACAAUUGUUAGCACAACAACAACAAAUGGCUGGUGGAACAGUUACUACUGGCUUACAAACAAAUGUAAAAUCUGUAACCAAUGCUUUAGUAAAUAAUCAACAAGUAUCUCAACCACAAACUACAGUUUGGCAACAGUCAACUGUUACUGAACAAGGACAUCAACAGACUACAGGGUCCAUGUCUGCUGCUCAAUUGGCACAAUUGCAUCAAAGACAACAACAGAUACAACAAUUGAGGCUACAACAGCUUCAAAUGGAUUCCACACAAAAACAACAAUCAAUGCAGCAACAAGUUGUUCCCAAUCAAUCAAUUGCUGGAGUAAUGCAACCAAAUGUAAAUGUUGUACAAUCACCACAAGUAGCUUCAGCUCAAACUUCUAUUGUUCAGUCUCAACAGACACCUGCAUUAUCUACAAAUGAGCAAAAUGAAACACAGACACCAAGUCAAGAAUCUUUUGCACAAACAUCUCAAUCAAAUCAACAAGCGUUGGUUGUAAAUCCUAAGACCAAAACUGCGCUUGCUAAUAUGUUAAAUAUACGUUUACAAAAUGGCAUAUCAUCAUCCACAUCAACUCAGCAACAGCAAAUGUCUGGACAAGAAAUUAGUGCUGCAGGACAAUUAAGAUUGAUGACUGCUCAACAUCAUGCUGCACAACAUCAAAAUCAACAACAAAGCACUACCCAAGGAACAUACCAAUCUAGAACAGUUCUAAAUAAUGUUACUAACAGUGCAGCAUCAAAUCGGGCUGCUCAAGUAGUAGGCCGUGCAAAUGCUCAAGCUGCAGUUCCUAAUAAAUCAUUGCCAGCUAAUUACAACCAAUCAGCUGCUGUAAGAGUAGCAGCAGUUUUAGCAAAAAGUGCUGCUGGACAAACUGUUGGUCAUCAACAACUUCCUCAUCAAGCUAGAUUUUUUGGACAUAAUCCAAAUCUUAAAUUGCCACCUGAGAAAUGUUUACUUGGUUGUAUAUUUUUGAUUGUUGAAUACGAUCGAAGCCCAGAUACCAACAAUGAUGUACCAACUUGGAAAAGAAUUAUCCUGGAUCAUGGUGGAGAAAUUGAACCAUCAUACACCUUACGUCUUACACACAUACUUUGUCAAACACAAAAACAUCCACUUGUACAACAGGGUUUGCGUGAUGGCAAAAGAUGCAUUACAGCCUAUUGGCUUAGUGAUAUUAUAACCAAACAACAACUUAUGCCUCCUUGGUAUGCUCUUCAUUUUCCUACUCCAUACAGUGAGGAGAGACCUUGUCGUCAAAUGUUAAUAUCGCUUACAAAUUUUGAAGGCGAAGAACGUAAUCGGGUUAAAUUCAUGGUAGAAUUAACAGGUGCUCGAGUUACAUCUUAUUUUUCUGCUGAAAACAAUAUUUUAGUUACUAAAAAAUUGGAAGGUAAAAAAGUUAAAAAAGCUAGAGAUACUAAUCGACCUAUUGUCAAUGUUCAAUGGUUAAACGAAAUUCUUUUUGGCCAUUUAUCAUGUAUGUAUCAACCAGAAAAUACUAAGUAUCAACAAUUCAAUCUUAAUAAUCCAUUCAGAGUUGACUAUAGUUUAGUACUUCACUUAAUGGGAGCAUGGAAAAUGCCAAUUAACAUUACCCAAGAAUUAUAUGACAGAGUACGCAAUAAUCCUGUUCCUAUUAAAAGAAAACGACCUAAACCUAGUCUGCAAGAUUUAAUAGACCAAGAAAAUAAUGAUUUGAGUACUGCAGAUAUUAUCAUUACAAAUAUUAAUCCGCCACCUAUAGAAUAUCGACCAUGUGUUAUGCUCUCUAGAUUUGGCUUAGGAAAAGAAGAACAACGAAUGGUCUUACAACUUGGUGGUACUAUUGCUAAAAACUAUUCAGAUGCUACUCAUUUAGUUAUGAAAGAACCAGUUAGGACCACUAAAUUCUUAUGUUGUGUUUCAACUGUUAAGCAUAUUGUCACAGCUGACUGGCUGAAGGAUUCUUCUACACAACAUAUGUUUUUAGGUGAAGCCAUUUACACUAUUGAAGAAAUUUCUUUGGAUCAAAAAGUCAUAUGUAAAGUACAUAAAGUAUUAUCUAAUCCAAAUCGUCACGAGUUGUUCAAAGGAAAAAUAUUUUUUGUUACGCCGGGAGUUACUCGUCCAUCAGUGUUUGUUAUUCGACAAAUUAUAGAAUCAGCUGGUGGUAUAGUCGAAAAACAAAGAAGAUCAUUAAGAGCCAUUCAAGAACUUGAACCUAACACGUAUAUUGUAAUUACUUCUAAUAAUGAUCUUCAUUUGGUUGCUGAUCUUAUUCGAUCAUCUUAUGGUAUUUAUUCUUCCGAAUUUGUAUUAUCUGCAGUUAUGACUCAAUAUGUUAACUAUGACAUGGCUUAUAAAAAAACAAAAAAAGUUAUUAGUUGAAUAUUUAACAACACUGUGUAGAGUUAAGACUAAAAUUUUUGUGUACUUUCUGUAUUAUGUUUCCAUUCUUUCCAAAACAUUUUAGUUUAA